CGUAAAUUCAAGAUGGCAGACUAUAAAGUUGUUCCCGUUCUCUUAUUAAAGUUAAAAAAUGUGUGAGUUUUCUCGUUUGGAUUUAGUAGGUAUCUGAGGAGAAUGAAUAUCAGCCACGCAAAUUCGUAUGGCAAUGGGCUGUUGUUUGCAGGCUUCAAUCAAGACCAAGGUAUUGUGUUUUUGGUACAUUCUUAACAUGGAUGUAACCUUAUGUCGUGAUGAUGCGACUCGACUGACAAUUGUUGCAUACUUCCUUCUUUGAAUAUAAGGUUGUUUUGCCUGUGGCAUGGAAAAAGGUUUUAGGAUAUACAAUUGCGAUCCUUUGAAGGAAAAAGAACGCCAAGGUAUGAUAUUAUCAGUGGUGCUCCAACGUACUAAUUAGGUUAUUAAAUUGAUCUUUUGCUAUCGUCAUCAUAGUAGAUUAGUAGGUAUUAGCUUUAAGCUGUUAAACUUUUCUACUUUUAAAGACCCAUUUUACGAUUUCCCUCUCGAGAGGGCAGGAAAGUAGUCUUAUAUCUCCUGAAGGAAACAAGCUUUGCUAAUUCAAAACCUGGACGUUAUUCUUAUAUAACAGACCUACCAAACUGCAGGAACUGAGAAUCUGGAGAUUUUGAUUAAAAGGGUGGGUCCAAAAACCUGGACACCACAGCAGAAAUGUCUACGUUCAUAUAAUCAGAAAGUAAUAUAAUGUACCAGUAUUCAAAGAAAGUCAUGUCAGUGAGCCCAUGUGGCUAGUGGAUUUUGUGAGUGCUUUAUUGCCUAGUGCCUAUACGGCGUCUUUCCAGGCCAUUCUCGGUCAAUGCAUUUCGGUGAUGUAUCUGAGACGAAGGGCGGGGAGACGCCUAGACAAUGUUGGAGUGUGCAUGCGUGAGCAUUUUUGAAAAGUUCCUACGUUCAACUGAAAUAAUCUAUAAAUAACUUUGCGCGUGAAUAUCCUUCGCUUAAAGGUUGGCACUAUCCUGGUUUCUGUUGUCAAAGAACAAAAAUGUUACUUUGAAUCGGAAAGAAUACUACUGUAUAAUGUGCAAGUAAUUUCUCUUUUAGUUCAUUUUCAAAUGAACUAUUAAAAUGACAUUUGUUUAUUGAUAGAAAGAUUUGAAACAGUAGUUUGUUGACAUUCUACCAAAUUUACAGACCAAAUUCAACAGCCUAUCCGAUUAGUUUGAUAAGCUUCCAAAUCCAAAAAUUAAAUUACAUAAAUUAUUUCAAAGUGAAAUGAUAACGAGAAAUUUAUAGGAGCAAGCGAAAAUAGAGAAACAAAAGAUAGCUUUUCAUAUCCAAGAGUAAAUAUAAACUUAUUUCUUUAGCUUACCUUCCAAUUCUUGAUCAAAUAAUUUCUUUGCGACACUGUUUUGCUUAGCCUACAAUAGUUUUUGAGAUGAAAUAAAGUUCAAAUUAGUUUAAUGAGAUAAAUGAAAAAGAAAGGCCAAAGGACUUUCAACAAUGAAAACGUGCAUAGAAUAGAAAUGCUCGGUUUAACUCUUUAUCCUCUGUACUCUCCAUGGCUGCUGUCGUCAGCGCGGAAAAGUUAUUGACAGCUCGUCCGCUUCCAAAAGCUCCACCCCAAGUGAGACAAAAUGUCUCACUUCUCCGAGCUUGUCUAGGCCUCAAAAACUUUCUUGGACCACGUGACCCGAAACGCAUUGGCUGCGCGUAAUAUGAGGCCUAGGGACUAGGCAAAGUGCUUUAGUAAAUUCUGUUCUUAACUUGCCCGAUGGACAAGUGAAUUUUUUUGGGAAAUUCAAAUUAUGGAAGUAGUGUAAAAAAAAUUGUUUAUAUUGCUCAUAAAUUCAUGUGGUUUGAAAGCUGUUUUUCAAGCUGAUCUAAUGAAUGGAAUUAUUACUGCAGUGAAUUAAUACAGCUGGUAAUAAAGAAAAACUAUUAAGGCUUGGCGCACGCUACUGGUGUACACGAGCGUAACAGCGUGCCUUAUGCACGAUUCGCGCUCAAGAAAAGGCACGGUUUUUGUGCCAAAGCACGGGAAAAAACAUGCCAAGGCACAGAUUAGGCACACUUUAGGCACAGUUAAGGCACGUUUUAAAUAUUGCUAAGGCACAUUUUAGGCACAGUUUGGGCACAGUUUUGGCACGGUUUAGGCACGGUUUAGGCACAAAUAUUCAACGCUGCAAGGCACUUUUUUGAAAAUCUUUGUAACCCGACUUGCAAAAAAGAACAAACUUGGUACGAAUUACAAAAAUAAUUCAGAUCAAACACGAUACAGUUAGAAGUAUAGGAAGUGUAAGUUUUGAGCCGCGCCGAAAGUCUGGAAAAUUAAAGUAUUCUUCGACAGUCCGUGUUUACUCCGAGGAUAAAGUGGAAAUUCACACGCGAUAUAUGCCGGUCUGAACCUUUUCGAUUGCCAUGCAAUUUUAUAGACUCGCUUUCUUUCGUUUCUAAAAGAAAUCGUGGAAGAAAGUCGAAGCCAUAAUAAGAAAAAACAAAAUAAAGAAAAACAAAGCUAAAAAGCGGUAAAAGGCACAAAAAAUAACCAAUAAACGUCAUAGAAAAUACUUUUUUAAAAAAGUAGGAUUUAAAAUUAGCCUGAAUUUGCAUAACAACGUGAAAAGUACAAAGUGGUAAUUUGAAACCUUCAUGCAAACAUCGUGUUGAUUUUUUUUUAAAAAUACAAAACUCUUACGAUUCAAUGAAUCAAAAGGGACGAAUUUGAUUUUUUAAAAAUAUUUCUCUAACUAAAAAAGUAGGAUUUACACUUAGUAGUAAAAUAAUUCAAGCUGCUUGUUUGUGUUUUGUUUUCUGGCUCUGUUUGCAAAUUAAGCUUUGAGUUUUUGGAUCGUCGAUAAAAUAAUAAUACGCUGGAAGACUGUGAUCGAUAAAAGGCGUGCCAUUUAUUUUGCGGUUUUUCAAAACUCAUCGGCAUGCAAUCAUUUUUUUUCGCAAUCAAUUUUUUCGUUUUCAUUUUAUAAGUCAUAUCAAAAGUAAAUUCUUUUUUUGAAUGCAAAUCUGCCCUCCUGAAAAAAACAAAUAUUUCGUUCCAACUAAACGCUCCGUUAAGAAGGGGAGAAGAAACCUGCUGGGAAAUUUUUUAACAUGGAUGAAAUUAGCAUAUCAACAAUGUAAUUGAGCUGAGCACUUACUUUAAAUACGCUAACCUGUUUAAGAUUCCAUUUUCCUGUUUGUCGGGGCUUUCCCUGCUGUCUCUAACCGUAUUCUGAGUCAUGUUGUGUCUUAUUAGGGGAUAAAAAUGUCGUCAGAUCGUGUUUCUAGACUUCGUAAACCUCAAAACUGACAUACAUGUAAUUGCCGUGCGCCCUUUUCGUUCGCUGUGGAGCUCGAUAGGCCGGACAAGAUUUUCCGAGUGACUCAAUAUUUUGGCACAACUUGUGCACAGAUUAGGCACAGUUUGGGCACAACUUAGGCACGCCUUAGGCACGUUUUUCAAAACUAAAAUGCACACUUUAUGUACAUCUUAGGCACAUUUUAGGCACAAAAUCUUUAUGCCAAAGCACACUCUAGAAUCCAAUUUUCGGUCCAACGCACGGUUUACGAAUUUUUCAUGUUAAGAAAUGCUGUCUAACCUUACAUAUUUGAUCUUAGCGUAAAAAUGGGUUUCCCGAAGUCUUAACAGUUAGUCUAUAAGGAAGGUUUAACUUAUGAGCAUUCCAAAAAUUAUUAUUUCUUUUCUUAACAACAACAGAAAGUCAAUGAAAAGCAAUCUUUUAAAUUGACGUUCGCGCUGCACAGAGAUCGUAUGUAGACAGAACAUCUUUCUGAAAACGCCCUAAACUUUGUUGUUUUGCCAUUAUGUUCACUAAUUUUUAAUACAGUUAGUACUCAUAAGUCACUGACCUCUUCGGAGAAAUUUUUUCAAAGUACCAUUAACAGAAACAGAGAAAUCCCACAAUAUGCGUGGUUAGACCGUAAAUGUUACGCGGGCUGUUAAAAAAUGGUCCCAUUUUGAGCCAUAUUUUUCAUAUUUCAAUUUUAUUUUGGUCUUACAGCCAGAAAAAAAAUACUCAAUGAAAAGCUGUUUAUAAACUUUAACUUCUUGCCAAAUAUCGAUGCGAUCUGAGUUUUAAUAAGUUCAUAAGAGCCAAACGAUGUGAGAUUCUUAGCCGUGUACACCAGUAGCGUGCACCAGGCCUUAAAUAACAAUUUAAUUAAUAUUAUAUAUCCUGCUAUAUCAGGCUAGUUUUAAUACCUCAUGGGCUAGUACAGGGGUGUAGAUACCUUAUUACAAAGUAUGAGAUAGCAACACUUUAAUUUGGUGAAUUUAGUGAUUUUUGUACAAAUUUAAAUGCAUCAAAAUUAAGAGAGUCUCCUAAAAACUAGUCCACUGGGUUUGGGGUCAGAAAAUCAGUUUCUUUUAAACUUUGCCCAUGAAUAUAUCUUGAUUCAAAAGUAAUUGAAACCACAUCAGUUUUUGGAAAUACUUCCAAAUAAAAUUUUUUAGGAGGAAAUCACUUCAGUGCCUGGCGGCCAAUUUUUUGCAGUGACAAAGAGUAAAUAUAGUGCAUAUUGCCAAGUUUGUAACCACUUCAGAGUUUUUCACUUUCAAUGAUUUUGUCACUUCUCAGGAUUAAAUUGGUCCUUAAAAGAUGUAAAGCACACAAUUAUUGUCCUUCAAAAGCAACUUAUAUUUAAUAUUUUUUAAUUUACAUCCACUUUGCCUUAGGGGGAAAAGGGCUCAAAAAUGCAUAUUUUCAUCCUAGCACUGUGCAAAGUUCCUGCCUCUUCUAAACAAAAUAUCUUUUCAGACAUAAAAAUAUGUUGUGAUUUAAAUGAUUUAUCAGCACAGCUGAUCGACGAAACAUGCCUAUUUUCUGUAGACUGUUUACAAUACAUGCUGGAUGAUCUUAAUUGAUAGCUUCACUAACAGAAUGAUUCAUUAAAUGUAUCGAGUAUUUUAAAGUUUAUGUGACUUUUAACACAAUAAAACAUCAUUUUUUGAUGGCGCUUGUCACGCAAUCCUAUUGGAGCAUCUGGAGUUGUUACGCCGUGAAAGCAGUUUUUGCUAUUCUGAAUAAAACUGAAAGGCAGGAAAUUAUCUUACCAAUAGAGUAUUCUAUUUAUUGUUGUUUUCGUUGACGAGCUACGAACAUAAAGAAUCAUGCAUAAGUGCCUAGUGCAUUAACAGUAGGAACUUUUCAGGUUUCUACUGCAGGCUACUGUCCAUUCUGGUUAGCAUUUAUAAAACAAUUGGUUGCUGCUAUGUGUUUUCCCUUUUUUUGUUUUUUGUUUACAAGUAUUUGUUUUUUUACUUCAUAUUUCUGGUAGCCUGUCGGUAUUAAACCAACGCGUACUUGUUAACAUGCUCCCCGACUCAGGGUGGGGCUGGAGGUGGGGUGGAGUGGGCUUGCUGGCAGCUGACUACAGGUUCACAUUCCCUAAUUUUUCCGUAAGAUUGUCAGGAUCGAGCAGUUAAUCUCUGACAGGUGAUUCUUAAAGCACUCUAUAUUCAUGAACGUGACAUGAAUGUGGUUUUAGUGCAAAUGCUUAUGAUCAAAGGAGGUAAAGUAUCAUGAUUUGUUGGAAGAAUUGUCUUUUCUACAUCCAGCAAAACAUCGUGGAUUUAAAAAUAAUUUGAUACAAAGUAUUUACUUUCGAUUUCGGAUUCAAAAUCACUGGAGACCAAACCAGGAGUUUUUUUGGACUCACUCAUCUACGUUUGUAAAUGUAGCCUUAAGUUAUGAAAAGUGAUUGACUAAUUGCUUCAGUCAAUGAACCCAAAUAGGUGACAAAGAAUGUUAUAAAUUACUUAUCUACAUCAUUUCAUACACAGUUAAAAUGCUUAGGCUUACAGUAACCUCAUGUUUGGGAACAUUUUAGAAGAGGGGGGAGGGUGGGGCAGGGGCAUUUGGAGAAUUGUGUGCACCUCUUAAAAAAUCCUGGCUAUGCCCCUGUAGUACUUGCUAACUGCAGCAUGCUUAAAAGGCAAGCUCUAACACUGACUUUCUUUACACCCUGAUCAGUGCCUAUGGCAGAGAGAGGGAUGUUGGUGCUGUCCUCAAAUGUCAGGAGACCAGUUGCAUCAAGCUUACGACAAAAAAUUUCAAAUGAAAAAUAAAAUCUUUGUACACGACACUAAUUCAAACUGGAUAAAUUCAGGUGGAGAAUUAGUAAUACUUCUCCGUCUUUAGAAUUUAUACUCAACAGAGACUGAGAAAAUCAUCUGAAUGGAAUGACAAUGAAUGUCUCAACCCCGUUACAACCAGUCUUUUAGUGCGGCAUUAGUUUCCAUGGCAUAACGGUGUCCCCAUUGUUGGAAUUCUUAAGUAUAAAGUAAUCACAGUGCCUUUUACCAUACAAGUUUUUUCUUGUUUUUUCAGUACCCAGUUAACACAUGUGAUCUGUUUUAUUCUUGAACUAUUUUUGUACAAGGGAUGUGAUAAUAUAUACUGGUGGCAUGUUGUUAAUACUCUAAGUUUAAUCUGUCUGUCUGGCAUACAUAAGGAACUAUUUGCUAGAUAGUUAGGUUGUGUUUAUCAUCAGACUAUCUCCUAGACUAUAUUGAGGAUUUUUUUUUAGCUACUUUAGUUCUGUAGACUGAACCAGUUGUGUUUAUUGAUAGUUAAUUUUCUUACAGAUUUUCCUGAUGGAGGCAUCAGCUAUGUUGAGAUGCUUUUUCGUUGCAACUAUCUUGCACUUGUGGGAGGAGGGCAAAAUCCCAAGUAUCCCAAAAAUAAAGGUAACAGUAAACUAUACUAAUAGAAAUAUUUUACCUUUUUUUAUUGACUUUUUAAGUCUUUCUUUACAACCCUAUCAAAAAUUAAUGUCAAUUAUGCAGGAAUGAUCAGGGAAAAAGAAAAAAAUGGAAAAACAAAUUGUAUUACCUGUAUUGCUACAGGAAGUAGAAAAUUUUAGCCAAUUAUAGAGUUAGUUUCAGCCGUGGAAAAUGGCUUAAAGCAAUGUAUUUAAAUAACAGAAGUGACUUUUGGUGGAAAUCAAACUGGUCCAAAAUGAGAUUUACUGGAAAAAAUCAAUGGAAACACCUUAGUGUCUCCUAACUUGCACAUGUUAUUGCUCCCUGCAAAGAUGGGUUUGUGUUCUUCAAAUGUAAUCAUGAUGAAGUGCUUUUCAGAUCCCCACUUAUUUUCAUAAAAGCUAUCUUCCUACCUAUUAUAUUGGUGAAAGCUAGUUCACUGCUCUGUGAAGAUGAAAUUGCUUAAUUACUAACUACAAAGGAAUGGAGUGAUUGCAAGGCUAUGGAAAAAAUAUUGCUCAAUGGAUGUCAUUUGCUUUUUGAGGAGUAUCAGCAAGGAAAAAACCUGCCCAUGAAAUAGGAAAAUGUUUCAAGAAAGUCUAUGAGAAGGUUGAAACUUAAAAGACUUUAAGAACUAAGAAAUAUUUUUGGUGAAAUAUUAUUACUGAAUUAAGAAAUAUUUUCGGUAAAAAGUUGAACGUACUGAAUUUAGAAAUAUUUUGGGUUAAAAUUAUCACUGAAUUUGGCUUUUGUAUGAUAUGAAGAAUUAUAGGGAUCUUUAAGUCGCUGUUUUUUGCUUUUCUGAGCUAACCUCCCCCAAUCAUCACUGCUCUACCAAUUUAGCAACUAACAUGAAAGCUGGUCAUUUACUUGGUUCUUGCAGUUCUAAUUUACGAAUUUCAUAUAUUUAUUAUUUUCAUCUCAUAAUAUUGUAUUAGUGUGCCUUAUCACAAGUUUUAAUGGUCGCUCUGUUUAAUUUACUCUAUUGUAUUUGUUAAAUUUCCCCCAUUUAUUUAUUUGGCAUCUUGUUUCAUCCUAGUGAUGGUCUGGGAUGAUUUGAAGAAGAAAUGUGUCAUUGAGUUGGAUUUUUCAAGUGACGUCAAAGCUGUGAAACUGAGAAGAGACAGGUAUGUUACAAAUGAACAGCUGAUUCUGAUCAAUGGAUGACUUAUUGUUUCUCUAGAAGCUAAGUCGAUCAUAACAAAGCCCUGCUAUUUACUGAUAACAUUAUUUUAAUUUCACUGCUUCUCUUUUUAGGAUAGUUGUUGUGCUUGUAGAGCUCAUAAAAGUCUUCACCUUCACUCAAAAUCCUCAGCAGCUCCAUGUGUUUGAAACAGCUCUGAACCCUAAAGGUGCAGUUAUCAUUGUAUCAUUGAUUAGUUGUCUCAUUUCAAACUAUUUAUCUUUACUGUACACUGAAUUUAGUAGGUGAGUCUGUGCUCAAUAUGACUGCAGACAGACAGACCUGCGAUUAACAUGCGUUUUCAAAGAGAAACAGAAAGUGCUGGAAAAUUUGUUUUACUUUGCAGGCGGUGACUUUUCAAAGGCCAGUUUUGGAUUUUUUAUGCCAGUCUUGUUUAGAACAUACUGAUUUUAAGUGGAGGGUGUUGAAUUUAUAGAUUAUAGGGGUUUUUUUGUCCUCUUCCCUAAAAUAAAAAUAAAAAACAAAUUGUUUUUGCCUUAUUUUAUUAGGUUUGUGUGUGCUAUGUCCAAGCAGCAACAACUCAUUAUUAGCAUUUCCUGCACGAAAGACAGGCCAUGUACAGAUUGUUGAUUUGGCCAACACAGAACGACCUCCACAAGAGAUUGCAGCUCAUGAGGCAGCACUGAGCUGUAUAGCAAUGAAUUUACAGGGAACAAGGCUUGCUACAGCCUCAGAAAAGGUAUGAUAAAAUACUUGAUUUGUUGUGAUGAAACUGGCCUCUUGAAGCAAUCAAAGUGACACCUUUGAGUGGCUUUACAGUGGCCUAUUUUUACAGUGUAAAUUUUUAUGGUUAUUAAUGAUAGCACUGAAAAGUUACUCACAAACAAUGCUGCCAAAGUAUUCAGACAGUCAAUUAUUCCAAUGCCUCUUCUUACUCAAUUCUCUUUGCGUCCCUUAAUGAGUCAACACUGGAAAGUGUGCCUUAAUCAGAUUGUCAAUGAACUACUGCAAAUAGUAAUGGAUAUUGUUUAUUCCUAGGGAACUUUAAUAAGAGUGUUUGAUACAAGUAGUGGAACACAACUUCAUGAGCUAAGGCGUGGGUCUGGAAGUGCUAAUAUUUACUGGUAAGAACUUAAUUAAUAAGGAAAGAAACACUUAUACAGCAAAAUCUUGAUUUCUUGUACCUCCUGGAAAAGGUUGACCUUACCCACGCAGGUCCAAAAAAUUACUUAGGGUUAGAAUUUCAAUGUUUGAUUAUGCAGUGAAUGCUUUUAGCCCAUUUGCUCCCUGGAGUUUUGCUGUUCGAAAAUGCACUCUGAAGCUAGUCAAGCCAUUUUGUGUGGUGACAGUCUGCUAUAAAGAACAAAAACUUACCACAGAGCCAAUAAUUUUAUAGGUCGACACUUCAUGACCUUUUUAUCAACUAGAUGCAAAACAUUAGCAUUUGAAGUCUGCAGGAUACGUGCAGAAAGCAAAAUUGCUCCCCCCAGUCCCCUAUUCUUUUGCUGGGCAUUCAGUGGACUUCAUUUCAGUGGAAAAAGUUUUUGGAAAAGCUUUUGGGAACUUAGGAAAUGCCAGUGGGUAGUGGAACAAGAUUUCAUUUUUGGGUCAAGUGUGUCAUGGUUUUUUGCCUUUUUCUCUGGCCUCCCUGACCAAAUCUCAAUCAUGCUCUGGUAUGGCUUGAAAGAUCUGAUCAACCUUCCAAAGUUUAUAGCUGACAAAGUUGUCCUUGACCAUUAAAACUGAUGAGGUCACAAGUGGUAGAAGGGAUGCAUGGAUCUACACAGGCAGUUAUGGGGAGUUCAGAGGUGAAUGGGUUAAUGAAAAGACCUAACAGUUGUCUUUUGCUGGCUUUUUUUACGUGAUUCAACAUUUCAUGGCUAGAUUUGGUUGUUUUAUGCUUAAAAGUGGAUUUUCUCAGAAAACUUGGUACUUUGCUUAAUAUUUCAAGUUCAUCCACACAGUCAGACCACAUGACUUUUUAUUUUGCUUUAAGGUAAGGAGCCUUCUACUUUUGAUUCAUUCACAGUAUCAACUUUAACCAUGAUUCAGAACUGCUUUGUGUAUCCAGUGACCAUGGCACUGUGCACAUAUUUGAUAUUGAAGAACCCAAGAAAAACAAACAGUCAAGGUAUGAUUGUGCUUUCCCCUUCUGGCUACAGUAUACUUUGUAACCAUGCAUUUCAUACCCUAAACAUUGUCUUUAAUCAUAAAAGCAGGCCUUCCGAUGUAUAUGUUACAAGUCAAAGUUGAUUAUGGGUUAAGAGUUUUCAACCUAGGUUGAUUCUCAAUUUCCUUUGUCUUCUAGCCUUGGGCAAGGAUACGAAGAAAAUGGAGAAUUCCCCCCGCCUUGGUUAAAUCAAAGCUAACCUGAAAUAAAAUUUCACUUGUAACAUAUACUAGGGUAAAAAAAUGUUCAGGAAAUUGUGUAUAAUUUCAAGGAGGUCAUUAUGCUGCAAAAAGGAUGAUAUUUUUUGCUCAUGUGAUUUCUUUGGUCUGUGGAGAAAAUAAUAUUUAAUGUUGAAUUGAUACUAGGUUUUUACUUUGAUUGUAAAAUGUGCCAGUUGCUCAGUGUGAUGUUUUCAAUGCCUAAUAACUUUAAACUACACUUGUUGCUAAUUCUUACAGUGCAUUCAAGAUUUUGCAGAUUAUUUCAUAUGAACAUUGUAAGGUUCUUAAGCAUAAACACAAGAAUAGCAGAACCUUGUAUUCUUCUUACGCUUAUGCCUACGCUUAUGUCACAGCUUUCCUUACUAGCACAUAAGCUUCUUCUUUGCUAUUACUUGCAUUAUGCUUGUAACUCUUAUAUUUAUGCUUAUGCCUGUACUUGCAUCGCUCGUGACCACGGGCUUUAGGAUUAUGCUAUUGGAUGCAAUUGAGGUCAGUAAUUUCACAAAAACACAGCAUCACAUAAUAUCAGAAACCCUGUAAGAAAAACAGCAAAAAAACUGGCAUCAAUUUGACAUGUGUUACUUAAAACCUGUAAAUAAUAUGCAAAUAACAGGUUGUUAGGAGGUAAAGUAGUGUGAAUUUCUGUUCACUUUGUGUCUAUUUCUUUAGUCUUGCUUCAGCACAUAACUUUCUUCCAAAGUACUUCAGCUCCAAGUGGAGUUUUUCCAGAUUUCAAGUUCCUGGUGAUCCUCAUUGUGUGUGUGCAUUUGGAACAGAGAAAAACACUGUUAUAGGUAAGUUAAGUGGAGCAAAACAACAACAAUCAAGAUGUUAAUUCUGUUUGUGAAUGAAUGAAAUAUGGUGGAAUGUGCCCUCCUUACGUUAUUAGUAUUAUUAAGCUCCGAGGUCAGCAUAUAAGGGUUCCACUGGCAGCCACUAUUAGUCCAUUAAUUUUAUGAGCUUACUUUAACCCACCCAGCCCAUGAUAUGAAUGAUGUGUGUAAGGUAGACCACGCCAUUAGGGGAACUUCCCCUAUUCGUUUGUAGUACUCUUCCCUUUCUCUUACAAAAAUCUCUUCCAUUUGGUCAAUGAAAGAAGGAUGAAGGAGACAUGGCCAACGGCUUAACUUUACCGCCUAAUGCAGGGAUGUCUCUGUGAGCUGGAUGCCGGCUUAUUUCACCAGCUGAUAAAGAGCUUACCACUGGCAGGCUCAAAUUGCAAAAAAAAUCAAAGAAGUGGGGGAAAUGUCAAAGGUCCAAUAGAGUACAAAGCCCAGUUUGACUAGUAAAAAAGCCUGCUUAGCUUUUUCUUUGCCACAUCCCUGCCAAUAACGUGACUUUUUUAAGUCCCUGGCCCCAGUUGUUCAAAAGCUGGAUAGUGCUUUCCACUGGAUAAAUCACUAUCCAGUGAAUAAAUAAUAGGGAUACCAAUUGCGCUAUCCAGUUGGAUAGAGAUUUAUCCGGUGGAUAGUGCUAUCCACCUUUGGUUAGUCUGGCUGGGGUUUUAACCCACUUUCUCCCAAUGCUCUUCUAAACUCUGCUAACCAGGCGGAUAUCAACCAGUCAUCACCAUAGGAAUGUACAAGGUGCUCGGUAUCUUGCUUUAAAUGGUCUCAUUCUAUUUUUUUCAUUCCGGGCCCCAAAGUUAGAGCUACGUGUAUAUCGUGCAGCAUAUAUAAUAAAAAGUACUUUAGAAAAGUACUUACGAUGGACUCCAUUCUAAUAUUUGGUAACUUAUUUUUAGUUAGUGACACACUGGGAUUGGUCUUGGGUAAACUUCCUUUUUGGUUUAAUUAUAUGAAAUUCAUAUAGUCAUUAUUUAAAAAAAGUUGCAUAAAAUCUUUUUUAAAUUACAGAGUACUGGUUUGUAGCAUUGUAGUAAAAAGCUUGAGACAUCUAAUAACGUUAGUUUUUAUUGAAACUAUGUUCCUAAUGUUCCUUCACUUUUUGUUUAGCCUUGAGUAGUUUUUACAGGAAGGUAUUCUAUCUCCUGUCUUCUAAAUCUGUUUGUUAUUUCUCUGUAGCUGUCUGUGCAGAUGGAAGUUAUUACAAAUUUGCAUUCAACUCAAAAGGAGAAUGUUCACGUGAUGCUUAUGCACAAUUCCUUCAGAUGACAGAUGGUGACUGAGGCAGCUAUUAAAUUAGCUUUUAUUUUUUUAAUCAUUGAACUUGUGAUGCAUAAUUCCUAUCAAGAUAAAUAAUGUAUCUGCUGUCUUCUGUGUCAUGUGUAAGAACAGGACUGGGCAGUCAAGCUAUUAGGUGCAUUAACCACCCAUAUGAAGCUAUGUCACGAAACAAUGAGAACUGCCGCAAAAUUAACUGAAAAAAAAAAAUAAUAAUAAUAAAAUCGCUCAAAACAUUAAAGAAGGUAUAUUAAAUAACACACCAAAUAAAAAGAAGGCACAGAUGGAAAAACUUGAAGAAGAUUGAAGAUUGCAAUUGUGCUUCAGUUUUGAAAUUCUAAAGUUCACUGUUUUUGUUACUUGUAUUGUUCGAUAAUUUUCAGGUAACUUGUUUGUUGAACACGAAGCUGUGUUUGUAAUUCAAAAGUAGUUUCUCAUGUUCCAUAGCCAAUAGGAACACGUCAUUGGCAUUAUAGACAAAACGAACUCAGAGCCAGCCGUGACCGACACGGCCCCUUUAUUUUACUAAAGAAUGAGCUGUGUGUAGUCAAAAUCGUUCUAUGAUGGGUAAGAUUAUAUUUUGUUCACAUGUUUUUGUAAACAGGUGAAUACCUUGAAGGAGUAUAUUAGAAUUAGGUAAAUGUUCUCCAACAGUGCUAAGGUUCUGAAGUGUAGAAAACCUUCUUCUUUCCCAAUAAAGUAGCACCUUUAUAUUUUUAAGCCAGGGAUAACUUGCACAACGCCCUUCAGCGCCGAUACAGCUAAAUUUUUUGUUCGUUAUUUUCUCUUUGCAUUGUCAAAAUCAACCGAAGACUUUCUGGAAAGACUGUGAUUUGCACAAAACAUAUUUUCAAUAGUUUUAUAAACAGAUUAAGGAAGAGCAAAUCAAGGUUGCCUUGACGUUCUUUUUAACAUUUGUUCAGUGAUCUGUUAUUGUUAGUUUUUGUGGCAAAAAUGUGUUUUUUGCUUGAACUUCACAGUUUGUGGUCGAUCGUUAGACGAUUUUUUGCCUCAGAGCCGUUACACCUCGUCGGGCUCCCGCCGCGGGGUCGGGCUGUCUCGUUCAUCUUUGUAAUUGCUGAUUUCGCGUCCUUAUUCGCUGUGGAACUGACUCAACAUUACUAUGAAGGAAACUACAUGCAAAUGACAAACUCACUGCUUCUUGUCAAACAAAUUGUGUCCCAAGCAUUAUAAGGAACACGACAAGCAACUUUGAAAAAAUGUCAGGCUUACAAGUUUUCAAAAGCCACAAUUCUAGUCCGUUGUAAUCUUCUUUAAAUUUGUCCAUCCUUGCCUAGUUUUGUACUACUGCAUGUGCUGGUUAUACCUUCUUUUCAUGUUUAAGUUUCACUCAUAUAAUUUAGAAGCAGUUCCCAUUGUUUGAAUUUCGAUAAAUUUCGGGACACAGCUCCUGCAACAGUCAAAACCUUUAGAGUAGCACCUUAGAUACAAAUGCCAUCAAAAAACCCGCCUCUUUUUUGCAGGAAAAUGUCCUGGGGGAGAGGGGGUGCUAUUGUAAAUAGGUGCGGGCCUCUAGUUAGUAUUAUUGUUCUAUAAGACAAUAAUAUCGCUACGAAAAACAUUGAAAAUAUUAAUUAUUAUGAACCAUUUUGGCGUUGUCACUAUCUGGACAGGCUAGAUAUUUUUAACCGACAAGACAGCAAUUCAACCCGCUGGAUAAGGCUUUAUUCACUCAAAGUAAAAUGCUAUCAUAAUCAGUACCCUAUUUUGUGGUUAACAGAGGCUAUGCUCACACGGCACUGGAGUCAGUUUUUAGUGACGUUUUCACUGGCGUCGCCGAUGUCAGAUCGUAAGGUCCACGGAUAAAAAUCUGCCGGGGUUCUACUGCUUUCAAAAGUUAUCAGAGAUUUUGGAAUCGAUUGUACAAAUUUCCUCUCAACGAUAUGAGAACAGAGCGAAUUAAAAGUAAAUUCGCAAGGUAGUGCUAUUUCUAUGAAAAAAAAUGCGUAAAGUUCUUUAAUUGCGACUAUUUGAAUAUUGUUAUUACAUAAUGGAGUUCAGGAUAUUCCUUUGUAGAUUAUUGUGAGAAUAUUUAACAAACUAAAACUCACUCCCAAUCGAGUGAAGCUGGGGAAACAGACAUUUUUUUAGUUAAUUUUAAUUUCAUUAAUUUUCAAAUAUUAUUUGCAAUUAAUCCUUUUUAGUUUAGAUUGUUAGUUUACCUAUUUCAGACCAUGUGACAUUCUCAAGGAGGUCUUUUUUCUGCUUUGUUUGUUUCUUUGUUUGUUUUGUAAUACGCAAGUUUGUAUACACAUGAAUAGGGUGAAAGAAAAAAGUUCUCAAGAGUAACAUGGCUUGGUCUGAAUGGUGGAAAUAAAAAACCCAAGUUUUGUAGUCACAGGCUAGUUUUUUUAAUUGCUACGUAAACUUUUAGUCUAAACCAAUAUUCCAUUACAGUGUAGUGGUCAAGUAACUCACUGUCGCAAGCGAUCAAAAAUGCUUUCGCCGACUAUUUUCAAAUCAUUUGGAAAUAAGUCCAUGUUUAAGAAAACUUUCUAUUGUAUUUUUCCCUUGGUUUACCAGGAUGUUGUGAACUGUAGAAAAAAAACAUGGAGCUCUUGAACUUGGUUAUGGCACCGUUACUGUAAAGCGCAGCGUAGUUUAUAGUUGAUGAAAAUUGUAUUUAGGGAAUUAUUUUAAUU